GGUGCUCCUGUCUGGUGACUUAUUUGAAUCUGUCAAAUAAAACUGUCAGUUAGUUUUUCGGAAAAAACUCCUCAAAAUGGGUUCUUUCCUCGCCGAAGUGUUAUCAUCCGCUGAAAAAAUGGAAAUCCAGCACGUUAACACAAAGUGCCCCGAACUCGCAUCCCUCGUGGAGUCCUGCAAGCGCGAAGUCUUGUCCCACUUGGAGAACCUCUACGUGCAGUUCAGCGAACGCCCCAGGAGGAAUAAAGCGUUGGCUGAUAAAAUCGCCAGACUUGAAGACGACAUAAAGACCCUUAAAGACAACGUGGAAGRAUUGAAGCGGUCCGAAUUAACAAAAUCCGAGUGUGAGCUCCAGAAACACACUGAGACACUCACCAGGGCCAAUAUUGAGAUUUCCCUCGUGACGGCGGUGUUUCAAAUGCAUGAGGCGCUUUUGAAAACACGGGAGUUGCAAGAGGAGGAGUCGUUUUUUUCUUGCGUGAAGGAAUUCAAGAGAAUUAAGGAGUUGAGUGACAGGUUAGACCUCGAGGAGAAUUUGGAGGUUGUGGAGGAGAUGAAAAUGGAGGCUUACUCAGUGAAAGCUUCCCUGCAUCGAACUUUAAGAAACUUGUUCCAAGAUCGAGUCAAGUGCCAAGCUGGGAGCAACAAAAGUGUCUUGAAAAUCAAAAACGAUGAACAACUCGAAGAUGUUUUGUUGGCUUUGUAUUUGGAUAACCAUUCUGUUGCUGUGUUGGAUGGCGUGACCAAGUUUUUAUGGAACCAUGUUUUUGUCCCCGUUGUGGACUCCACAAAUGAGGUUAAAAUCCACCAAGAGGACGGUUUCAGUGUCCUUGAGGUGGUCACAGUUGACCCUAACAAAAAAUCCUCAUACGUUGAAGUUUUCGCUAAGAUAAAAUCGAUUUUAGCGUUUUUAUUGGACAAUUUUGAUGUUAGUCUACUCGAGGAUUUGUCGACUUUAAACUACAUCGGGCGCGACCUCCGAGACAACUUAUCAGAAUUGAUUAUCAAACGUUGCCUCCAAGACACCAUCCCGUCGACGAAACAGGGCUUAGAAGAGUAUAAAAAAGUGAUUGAAGCGACUGAAGACUUGGAGGAGAGCCUCUUUAAGGCGAAAAUCUUCACACAAGACACCACAUCAAUCAUCGACUACGCCAACAACAUCGAUAUUUUGUUCAUUAAUAAGAAAUGUCAGGAGUAUUUAGUUUCAUCGCAAGAGUUAAUGAAGAAGGAUUUGCACGAUUUCGUGGAAGUUGGGGAGGAGCAGGCUUGUCUUGAGCCCAAUCGGGGGUUCCCCCGUUGUGGCGUUUCGCGCAGUGUUGUCACUUUGUUGAAAUUCCUAGAGGAGAUUUUGACCGAAGCGGCAACGUCGUCGGAAGUGUGCGCUGGUCGUCUCAUCUACACUGUUAAGAAAAUCUGCAAAAACUACAUAAUUGUUGUACCAGAACAUCACAAGAAGUUUCUUCAAACUAUCCCCCAACAGGUGGCGCUUUUCUAUAACAAUUGCAUGUUUAUUGCGCAUAAUCUGUGCGAUUGGAGCGACACCUAUGUGACGAAACUCCCGCCGGUGCUUAAAACCGAGGCCAACUUUGCGGAGGAAGUUUUGCAACUCCACGAAAUCGCGACCGAGAAGUUUACUCUUUGUGUCAACUCCCAAAUGAAGCAAAUUGAGGAGAUUAUGAAAGGGUCUGGUUUGGGGUCGAGGCAGACUCUGGAGGUGGUGGAUGGGGCCACUGAGAAGUGUCUCAGACAGUGUUUGAGACAGCAGGAGUUGCUCAGGACGGUGUGGGUGAAAGUCUUGCCGUAUGAGGUUUAUAAUAAGAGUCUGGGGGCGAUUUUGAGCUCGUUGUGCGAUUAUUUGAUCGGUGUUGUUGUCAAAUUUGAGGAUAUUUCGUCGGAUGCGGCCGAGCAGUUGGUGGAGUUGUUCAAGAUGGUGCAGACUAGAGGACCGAAGUUGUUUAGUGAUGCGAAAGAAGUUGCGUUGUUUGUGGGGAGUUGGUAUAAGGUGAAUGAGGUGGCGUUUGUUUUGAGUGCGAAUUUGUUGGAUAUUAAUGAUAGGUGGGCGGAUGGGAAGGGGCCACUGGGGCUGCAGUUUAAGGCGGUGGAGUUGAGGCAGCUUGUAAGGGCGCUGUUUCAGAAUACGGAGAGGAGGGCGGCGUUGCUUGAAAGGAUUCAUGAUUGACUGGAGAGUUGCUGUUUUUGUAAAAAAAUUACACUCGACUGUAGGAUCGUCAAAAUCAAAUUUGAUUAAACCAUUUGGUAGAACCUUUCAUUGUACAUCUUUUUUGACAUACUUCAUUUUUACGUACGAUCCAUACUUUUCGAGAUAUUCACGUUUAAAAUUUCCAAAUUUCAAUUUGCGCGCUUCAUUGCAAUUUGUUAAGGUUGGUAAUAGUCGGCAUACGUACGCACAUUUGUGUAUUUGUGGUUGCAUCAGUUUUGGGAGUGUCAUGGAAGAUUUGACCGGGAAUUAAAACAACGAAUUUUCUUGACAAUUUUUUUUUUAAUUUUUUAUCUUUAAGUUUUGUCAUUUGAAACCAUAUUUUUGAUAAGAAAUUACUGACCAAAUAAAAAUUCGGUUUAAAAAUAAAAUUUUUUAGACGGACAAAAAGUUUAUCAGAGAACUGCGAAUUCUGAAUUUAAACCCACACUAUAUGUUUGUUUUACAUUUUUUAAACCUUCAACAUCGUAGAAAAACCAAAAAUAACCUUUGAACUUUGUUUAAGUUUACAUAGGCAAUUGACACACCAAUUUGUAUUACUGGUUGCCUGGUUUUCCAUAAUAAUUGCCAUUUUUGAUUUGUUGCUUGUUUUG